CGACACGAGCAAGAGGAAUAUUUCUUGUUUUUCAUGAAACAAAUCCGUGAUGGUGUUGAUAGCGAAGCAUCUCGUGAUAUAUUUAAUCAUUUUGCAACUAAUAAUCAAGCUUUAUCAGAUGAGCUUAUAAACCAAUUAAUUCGCGCUGCUGAUUCUUAUAACGCAGAAUAUGUUCGACCUCAUUUAGAAAUCUUAUAUUCGAUGGCUCAGAUUCAAGAUCAGUUUUCAAAUCGCAGGAUUGAACACAUAGUUCAAGAAGUAUUCAAGUGCCUUGGGUUAAUUGAAGCUCUCUGUACUUCUACAGUUGGUGUUUAUGUCCAACAUAUGCUUAUAACGCACUCGCAUCAAUGGAUGCCGGAAUAUUUACUCAAUGCAUAUGACGCUAUCCGGCAGCGUGCUGAAGAACUUGCUAAUAUUUUAAUUUUUCGCAAAUUGGAUGAGGCUAAUGAUGAACAGGCCUUGUAUGAAGCAACUUUAUGCAUGAGAAAGCAAUAUGGAAUGCUACUUAAAAUUAUGGAUAAUGUAGAGUUUUGUUGGAGGCAAACUUAUCCUCGACGAGGCG